UCUUCUUCCCUCCGCAGCUGCCCAGUGGCAAAGAAGCGGCUGGUGGGAGAGACGGAUCCUGGCCCCUCGGCCCCCGGCAUGGCGGACUGGGCCCUCCGUGGGGGGCAGCCCACGGCCCAGGCCCUCACCUGCCUGCCUGGCCCGCUGGAGGUGCCCUGCGAAGAGAUGGAGCAGGUGAUGGUGGAGCCCCAGGGCGAGGCCGCCCGACGGAGGCUGCAGGAGAUUGAGGACAGGAUAAUUGACGAGGAGGAGGAAGACCAGGCGGCGGCGAAGGCGCUUUCCGAAAGCCGGGGGAACAGCCUGCCCACCUUGGUCUUGUCCGAUACGCUGAAAACGGGGCUGAAGCAGGAUUACGACAGCGUCCUGACCAAGAAGAUUAUCGAGUCCAUGAGCCGCCCCUCCAUGGAGCUGGUCCUUUGGAGGCCCCUCCCGGAAUUCAUCACCGAGCGAGCCAAGCCCUCCGUUUCGGUCAAGAACUACAAAGCGCCAGCCCUGGCCGAGCGGGGGCUGGCCGAGCCGGAGCCUCUCGAAGCCCCCUUCCUCUCCCUGGGGGAGGACUUUCCUCCGCCAGCCCCGCUCCCGCCCAAGAUGCCUUCUGCCCUCCUCUAUGGGGCGGCCGAGCCCCCAGCGGCCGCGGAGGAGGAAAUGGAGCUGUGAGAGGAGGAGGAGGCGGAAGGGACGAAGCUCGAGGGGCAGCUUCCUUGCCUUGCACGGCCGAGGUCUGGAGCAGAAGGUCCCACACCUGCGCCCUGCGCCAGAGGGCUCCCUCCAAGCGCGAAGGGGUCGUCGGGUGUGUUUGCGUGCGUCUAGGCCACGGCUUUCCUCUCUUGCCUCCCUGUGGCGUCCCCUUGUGCGGUUCUGCCUCCUCUCACCCUUUCCUGCCUGCUGAGCCGUAAGCGCUGGAGUCUCCUUGGGAAGGACAGGGGCCACCUCGGGAGGCCUGGAGACAAUCCGCUUUUGUGCUCCCGUCCGCUUGGGCUCCGUGGCGGGCGGAGGCGAGGGAGGGAAAGGGCAUCCUUCUGGCGAGGUUCCCCCCCCCUCCCUUGGAGCAUCAGAAGAGGUUGCCACCGAGCGUGGCUUGCUUUCCACUGCCGUGGCGAGACCAGAGCAGGCCUGUGGGCUUGACGGGGCCACCCACGGCUGACCUUCCUGCUCUUGACGCCGAGAGGCAAACACGGCGUGGAGUUCGGCCCUCAGGGAGGACGGUGCUUUGGCCGCGAGCGGUUUUUAAGAUGGCUGAAUCCGGCGUUGAAGGCCUGGGUCGGAGACCUUCGUAAAUGCAAACCCUUCUCCGCUUCGGGGACGGCCGUCCUGCCGUGUGCUGGUGCUCUCACCGUCCCGAAGGCACCUGUCCGAAGGGCCCCUCGUCCAAGCGCCUUGCGCUGCUUUUUUCUGGAUUCGGACCCUUUGGCCGGUCAAGCCCGGGAACCCAGAGGGCGGGGCACGAAAGCGCCAGGUCCCCACCCUGCCUGGAAGCCAACGCGGGCCUUCUCUCCAUCCAGAACUGCUUGGAGGACCAACGCUGUCGGCACGUGCGCCCGACCGCCGGACGACGGGUCCUUUCCCGCCCAUCAUGCCCCCUCCCCAUUUUCAUAAGGUCGUGGAAUAAUGUUGCGACGUCGGGAGGGGCCUCUAAGGUUUCACUUUCAGGCGCUCGAAGGGGGCUUACGUUCUGUUGCCGGCAGCGGCUC